ACGUAUGACGGGGGCUCCCGGCAAACAGGGAAAAGGAGGGGAGGCGUUAUCGCUUUCGUGUUCCUUGCACCACUUGACUUCACAGCCUCACUUUUGCCCUGUGACUGCCUGCCCCUCGCUUCUCUGCACUAUCGAUUCCCCGUCCACUGUGGCGCUUAUCCCCAGUUGUCCGGACUCUACAUCCGGAAAUCUAUUUAUUCGCGAUCUCACCCACUAACCUCCGUUCCUUCAUCCAGAUAAUCUUUCACAAUGGGUCACGAAGAUGCUGUCUACCUUGCCAAGCUCGCCGAGCAGGCUGAGCGCUACGAAGAAAUGGUUGAGAAUAUGAAGGUCGUCGCCUCCGCCGAUGUCGAGCUCACCGUCGAAGAGCGGAAUCUUCUGUCCGUUGCCUACAAGAACGUUAUCGGUGCCCGUCGUGCGUCGUGGAGAAUCGUCACCUCCAUCGAGCAAAAAGAAGAGUCCAAGGGCAACGAGUCCCAGGUUUCCCUUAUCAAGGAGUACCGUCAGAAGAUCGAGGCUGAGCUGGCCAAGAUCUGCGAUGACAUCCUUGAGGUCCUUGACAAGCACCUUAUUCCCUCUGCCCAGAGCGGCGAGUCUAAGGUCUUCUAUCACAAGAUGAAGGGUGACUACCACCGUUACCUUGCCGAGUUCGCCGUUGGCGACCGCCGCAAGGGCGCCGCCGAUGCUUCCCUCGAGGCCUACAAGAGCGCCACCGAAGUCGCUCAAACCGACCUUGCUCCCACCCACCCCAUCCGUCUCGGCCUUGCCCUGAACUUCUCCGUCUUCUACUACGAGAUCCUCAACUCCCCCGACCAGGCCUGCCACCUGGCUAAGCUCGCCUUCGAUGAUGCUAUUGCUGAGCUUGACACCCUCAGCGAGGAGAGCUACAAGGACUCUACCCUCAUUAUGCAGCUUCUCAGAGAUAACCUGACGCUCUGGACCUCAUCCGAGGCUGAGCCCGCCGCUGAGCCGAGCGCCCCCGCCGAUAAGAAGGACGAGGCCCCUGCUGAGGGCGAGAAGCCUGCUGAGUAAAUUAGUAAAGAUGACGAAGGACUCGCGUCUGGACUUGGAUAGGGUCGGCCGGCCGACAACCUGGAUCUUAGACGCAAAAGGCCG